GUUUUUAAAAAUAAUUGCUACAUGAUCUGCAAAACAAGUUUUAUGCAACAUUCUUUGUGACUCAGAAAAGGAGUCCUACUGAGGAACCCAUUAUUGACCACCAAAGAGAGACUGACAUAGACACCACACCUUUUUUCCAUUGCUUUUCUUGAACACAGAAAUAAAAAAGUUACAUGUGGUAUGAAUAUUUAUGGCCCACCCUGCACAAUGGUAGGGCAAAGGCCAUAUGGUACAUCACAUCUCUUACUACUACCCAUUGCAGACCCAGGUGUUGGAAUGGGCAUUAAUUCCCCAUCCAAUGUCUAGGUCAAAAUUCAUACAAUCUCAUUUGAAUGCUAUUGGUCAGAAUUCCUUUAGAAUGAGAAAAUAGUGAAAUUUAGGAAGGUGGGGAGGUGACAGGAUGCACCCAAAAUUAUUGAUCUGAUAUGUAGCUGUUAUAAAUUCCAGCCAUGUGUCUCAUUUGAAUGCUGUGACAGAAUUUGAUUUGCCUCACUUUGAACGAUGUGAAUGUUUUAUGGGAUACAGCCAUAGGUGGAGUAGAUUCAAUGCCCAUUGAAACCAGUUCAUAUAAGAUUUGUAAUCACACAGAAUUUUCUAUACAGCAUGGUUGGUCACAUUUAUCUGAGAUGAGACACAAACUCAGAUCAUGUAAACUUUGCCUAGUUUUCAUGUUGCAUUCACUUGCAGAUUGUUAGGCUUCACUCAGAUUCUAACAGUUCAUAUUAUGGCCUUUGGUAUAUCUGACAGUUCAUUUACAUUAGGCUAGUUUUGUGCUAUAAUUGACACUUAUAUGCAUUCAGGGUAGAAAAGGAUGGUCAUAGCAUGUGCAAAACUUUGAUCAAUUUGAUUUUUUCAGGUUUGGCAAAGAAAUCAGUCAUUGGAAAUGAAUAGAGGGAAUAGGAGACUAGUGGUAGGGAUGUUAUUCUCUACUAAGAAGCAAUUUUUGUGACCUAAUUACAGAUUCAAUGGUACUAAAAAGUGCUAAAGGAUUGGGUAAACGAAAAAAGUUACCAUCGUUCCUUGGAGGAACAUUUGAGGUAGCUCUCAGCCAAAAACAAAGGAUAUAGGUGUAUUACACAAAAAGUUAUUCUGUUCAGAGCAGUGUCUGUUAACUGAAAAAAGCUGUAACAAGAAAAUUGCAACCAGCAUGGUUGCCAGAGACAACACGUUAUGGACAUAGAUAACAAAUUAAGCUAAUUAACCAUUAUUUUGAUGUUUUCAGCUUUUCAUGGUGAUAUUAUGAAUUGAGUUGGAGUAUGAUCAUAUCCAAUUUUCACGAAAACCUUUUUUUUAAUGAUGAAUCAAAAGCAGGUCUGCUACCUUAAGUAACUCUACAUUAUGGGCUAGACUAAAGUUCCUGAACUUUGUCCACUGGAGAUGGAAUAACCCGUUUUCCAUCUUCACAUCAAGGAAGCCAGUGAGUGAUGGAGAUGAAUGCUGAGGAAGCUGCAAGGGUCCUCCAAGACAAACAUGAGCCUUUGAAAGAUCGUUUCAGGGCCUUAUUUACUCUCAGAAACAUAGGAGGGGCAAAAGCCAUUGAUGCUAUCAGUUCAUGCUUCUGUGAUCCAUCUGCUUUGCUCAAACAUGAGCUGGCCUAUGUGCUUGGUCAGAUUCAAGAUCCAAGAGCCAUCCCUGUCUUGAAUCAAGUCCUGUCUGAUUCUUCUCAGGAACCCAUGGUUCGGCAUGAAGCUGGUGAGGCACUGGGGGCAAUAGGAGCUUUAGAGUCUCUUGGAAUCCUUGAGAAAUUCUGUUCUGACUCAUGUUCAGAAGUGGCAGAAACAUGUCAGCUGGCUAUGAAACGAAUCCAGUGGAUCCAUGAUAACACAAUCACAAAGCACUCUAGUGAAUCUGCUUCUCCAUUCUUGUCAGUUGAUCCAACCCCAUAUGCAUCAAGUGAGACAUCAGUUCAGGAGUUGGAAGAUUGCCUACUGGAUUCAGCUGCUCCUAUUUAUGAGCGAUACAGAGCCAUGUUUGCCCUAAGAAAUAGAAAGGAUGUCCACAGUGUGAAGACCCUGGCAAGAGGUUGGUUUGUUUUCCAGUAUGUCUUUGGGUGUACCCUUUUACUGGACAGAGAUAGAGAGUGUUCACUAGUCUCCCUCAAUGAACUGGCUCAGAGACUAUCCGACCUGACUGAGAAUGAGAUGGUACGUCAUGAGUGUGCAGAAGCAUUGGGUUCUAUUGCAACAGAUGAAGCCUUGGCAAUUCUACACAAAUAUCUGAAUGAUUCUGAGAGAGUUGUCAGAGAAUCAUGUGUGGUUGCUCUUGAUAUUGCUGACCAGCUGGAAAUCUAA